CCCCGCGUCCGGUGGACCCCCGAGUCCGAUCCCACUAGCGGCCCGAAUCCCCCCGUCACCUGUCCCGGACUUGCCCCUCCCUGCGGCCCUUCUGCGCGGCUCACCGCCGUCCUCUCUGCGUCCCUUCACCUGGCUGCCGUGUAGCACCCACAAGGCGGAAACAGGGUGGAAAGGCCCUCGGAGAGACCUGUCACCUUCUCUGUCGCCGAGAAGCCGGUGCAGGGAGCUCUCCUUGAGCUUGAGGAGCCUGGCUAGGCCAGGUGGCUUCUGUCUUGAACUGUAGAUUCUUUUCCUCCCACAGUCUCCUCGCCUCCUCUGCUCCGGUCGCAGCCUCUCCCUCUGCCCCGGUCGCAGCCUCUCCCUCUGCCCUUCUGAUGGCCUUUGUGACAGUGUUUCAGCGAGCACAGGGUUUUAUUUAGGGUUAAGGGCCUAUCGAGGAAUCCUGUACUUAAUCAUUUCUCGAACAUCUACCGUGGGCUGGGCAACGUGUGACAGCAGUGAACAGGACAGUGCGCCCACGUCCUCCUCCUGGAGACGUUAGAAAUCACACACACCCCGACAAGUGCGGCUAAGAGACGGGAGGUGUGGACUACAAACCGCGGAGCUGACGCACCUAACCUAGGCGACUCGGAGGGUCAGGAAUGACCGAUUGUCAGAGGAAGUCACAUCUAGUUAUUUUUAAAGCCGUUUUAAAAAACUGAACUGCCACCUGUGUCCAGAGAAGUGCGCAGAUCUUAAGUGUGCAGCUUACUCAGUAUCACACAGUGAACAGUCCCGAGCAGCCGCGUUCAGAGUCCAUCAAGUCGUGAGGAAGCAGACCUUGCUCUACAGCCAAGUUCUCCACCAGCCCUUCAUCUUCAGAAGUGUCACUAGAAUGUAGUGGCUUCAUCACAAAUCAGGGCGGGCUCUGCUGCAGGCAGUGUCCUCCCAGAAACCUAGGCUGAAAGAGCCUCCACCAUCAGGGACAUUGGCUAUUGUGGUAGACAGAGAACAUGGCAGGUUGCCCGUCUAAGCAUUUACACAGGAAGUUCCUAUAAAGAGCUGCCUGCUGGCCGCCCUUCCGCAGAUCCCAAAUGCUCUCCGAGCUGGGUGGAGCAGAGAACAGUCGCUGUCCUGGUCAUGCUGAGUUCAUACGCUGAUGGCUGUUCCAUGAGGUCAAGACUGGGUCCCCUCCCAUCUCCCACUUUACCAAUGCCUGGUCUCAUGGGGUUAGUUUGGAGCCCAACACUAUGGCAUCAUCAACCUCCUCCCCAGCUCCUCGCUCCAGGUCCAGGAAGCCUCUGGGCAGGAUGGCUGACUGGUUCAGGCAGGCCCUGUCCAAGAAGGCCACGAAGACGCCCGUCUCCCCGGAAUGCUCCCCCAGUGACAUUUCACAGCCGAGCUCACGGGACAGCCCCUCACCCCUGGGCCCCUGCUCAGAGGCGUCGCCCACCCCCACAGCGACACGCGCAGGCGCCGAGAGCAGCCUCCUGGUCUCCUACCUGGAGGGCCACGCUGCCCGCCUGCGCUGCUUCCUGCAGCUUCGCGAUGCCACCCCAGGCGGCGCCAUCGUGUCCGAGCUGUGCCAGGCGCUGAGCAGCAGCCACUGCCGCGUGCUGCUCAUCACCCCGGGCUUCCUCCGGGACCCGUGGUGCAGGUACCAGAUGCUGCAGGCGCUGAGCGAGGCCCCCGGCGCGGAGGGCCGCACCAUCCCGCUGAUGUCAGGCCUCACCAGAGCCGCCUACCCCGCCGAGCUGCGUUUCAUGUACUUCGUGGACGGCCGGGGCCCCGAUGGCGGCUUUCGCCAAGUCCAGGAGGCUGUCCUGCGAUAUCUGCAGAGCCUCAGCUGACACUUUGCUCACCAUGGGACCCAGAAAGUUGGAGCAAAGCAGGAAAUGGAGUUAGAGAGCCCAGGGCCUUGCAGGGCUUGGAUUCCAGCAGAUAUGCUGAGUUGUAAGGAAUGAGUUGGCAGCAUGUUGUAUGUGACCCUCCCUGGGAUCUGAUUGCCUAUGCCUUCCAUUACUGUGGGCUCCCAGGAAGGCCCCGGGGAAACUGGGGACCCUCCCAGGAAAGGCAGUGAGGAAGCUGGGGACUCCCCCAGGAAGGCCUGGGGAAGCCAGAAAGCAGAGAUGGGAGGAGCUGCUGAUACCAAGAUGAUCACCCAUGUCUUGCCUCCUGCCUAAUUGGAUAUGCAGCCUGGCACGUAGUGCCCAUGGCUUCUUCCCAUGGAAUCAGGUGCUGGCGAAGGAUGCAUUCCUCCCGACGAGGGGACUCGCCUGCUUAAGAAGCCGGAAGCCUAGACUGCUGGCCCCUGCUGCGCGGGGCAGCCCUGAGCAGGCGGCAGGAGGGAGCACGGAGUCUUUCACACUCACACUGCUGCUCCCGCUGCCUCCCGGAGGCGGCCUUCGCUUCCGAAAGCUACGUGGAAGACACACUCAGCACGGUCCUGUAUUUCUUUUUACUGCCUGCCUGUCAUUAAAGGCUCAAACCUAGAAACCAUUCUGAACAGACAGGAGAGGGCAGGGAGCAGGCAGGGUGAAGGAGAGGAAAGCUCAGCCCCUUCAGCUGGCCUCAAAAGCCCACCUGCCAAUGCUUUGACAUCUGGGGGCCUCAUCGGGGGUCUGGCCAGAAUUCAUGCUUUUCCGGUAGCUCCCUCCCCUCUCGCACUCAGAAGAAUCAGCGUACUUCUUCUGGCAGAUGACCGUGUACCUUGUAGGAUAGUCAAAAUUUCAUUCAACUGUUCUCAAUAGAAGUUGUUUUGAUUGUUGAAUUGAAAUGAAUUUAUUAGUGCCCCAACAUGUACUUUUGUGUCUCUUCUCUCAUUUUCCCCUACCAUUUCUCCUCCUUUGACUGCAAGGAAUUUAUAUAUUUUAAAGUGAGAUAUAAUUGACAUAUUAGUUUCAAGUGUACAUGAUUCGCUAUUUGUAUAUUUUGUGAAAAAAUUUUAUUUUUAAUUACAAAUUAUCUUAUUACAUAUGGAAGGACUAAAGAAUAGUAUAAUGUAUACUCAUGUACCCAACACCCAGCUUAGAAGCAAAACCUUACACUCCCCAUUCUCUUCCAUUCUCCCGCCGGAAGUCACCACUAUUCUGAAUUUUGAAUGCAUCAUUCUUAGCUGUUCUCUAGGAAUUUAUUACACAUGUACGCAGCCCUGACUACAUAUUUACUUCUACAUGGUUUUAUACUUUACAUAAAUGGUGUUAUCUUUAUAUUCUGCAAAAUCCUUUUUAUAAACCAUGUUUGUAGGAUAUGUGUUGAUGCGUGUAGCUCCAGUAAGCUCACUUUGAUUCCGUUAUGUAAAUAGACCACUGUUUAUAGUUGCACAUUCUUUUACAAAAGGACACUUGGUUGUUUCCAGUUCUUUUGCUAUUAAAAACAAUGAGCCUAUGAACAUUUUUAUUCUUGUAAAUGUUUCCAGGAGCAAGAUCUUCUAGAAUUUAGUCUAGAUAGGGAACAGCUGGGUAGUCAAGAAUACACAUCUUCGGUUUUGUUAAGACGAUACUAAAUUUUCUUCCAAAUUGGUUGUGCCAAUUUUUGUUCCUACCAUUUGUGUAUAAGGGUUGCCACUUUUUCAUGUUCUUGCUAACACGUAGGAUUAUCAGAUUUUUAAAUGUUUGCUAAUCUGGUGGGUGAAAGCUGGUAUCCUAUUGUCUUAAUAUUCUUUUUUCCUUUUGCCUUUUUUAUGAAAAAAAAUUUUUUUCUACUAAAUGAAAGAGAAAGUUUGAUGAACCUUCAUAUACCUAUCAUCCAGUUUCAACCAUUACCAGAGAUAAGUUUGUAUUUAUUACCUACCCAUUCCCUCCCCACCAGAUCAUUUUGAAGUAAAUCCCAGGUAUUAUUUUUCCUAAAUAUUUAAGUAUGUAUUAGUAGUUUUUUUU